CCAGGGCACGCAUUCAGAGCCGAGAUGGCGUCCGCGUCGCCGUCGUGGGUCAUCCUGGGCCGCGUGGCCAAGGUGUUGGCCGCCGACGCCGAUCUUCCUCCGGGCGCCGACCUCUCCCUCGCGCUGCCGGCGCCGCCGCGCGUCGCGCUCCUCACCAUCCCCCCGCGCAUCUUCCCGGGCCAAACCACCUCCGACAACUUCCCCUCCGUCCUCGCCGUCGACCGCUCCGGCCUCCUCCUCCUCCACGCCUCCCAGGGCCCCGCCGCGGGCCCCGCCAUCGUCGACCUCCCCGGCCGCCAGGAGGUCUGCUGGCGCCCAUUCGUCGCGGGCUACUUCGUCCUCGACUCCAAAUCCGCCUCGGCCUUCCCGCUCCCCAACCCCGAGCGCAUCAUGAACCCGGGCCGCCUCGGCCUCAUCGCCUCCCCCGGCCCCGAGGGCGCAGGCCGCUACAUGGUCGCUGAGCUCCAGCCGAUCGCCGGCGGCGAGCAAGCCGACCUCCUCUGCUUCUCGUCGCAAUCCGGGCAGUGGGACAGGAAGACCGUCGCCUACCCGCUUCCGUCCCGCUCCCGCCCCUUGACCCCCAACGGCGUGGUCUCGCACUCCGGGAGGCUCUGGUGGGUCGACCUCUCCUGGGGCCUCAUCACCUGCGACCCCUUCGCGGACGCGCCUGUGCUGAGCUUCGUCCCACUCCCGCCGCGCAAGGCGCUCAAGUACGGGGAAGAUUGUGCAGUGCUCGACAAGUACCGCCGCGUGGCUGUCAGCCGGGGCAAGCUCCGGUUCGUGGACAUGUACAAGAACCGUAGCAGCUUCGGCUCUGCACAGAUCAGCGUGUGGACGCUCGCCGAUCCGGACUCCACCGAGUGGACGCUGGAGUAUGAAGCGACCUUCUCGGAGAUCUUUAAUGAUGCGAGCUUCAAGGCGACUCGUCUGACAAGGCAGCUCCCGGUGCUCGCGCUCAUCCAUCCCAGGGACCCCGACGUGGUCUACUUCUUCCUGGACAGGCACCUGUUCAGCGUCGACGUGCCUGACCGCAGGGUCGUGCAGUGCGAGCUCUACGAGCUGGUUGAGGAGCUAUCCGGCAAAAGCAUCGCCACCCGUUUCGUUCACGCUUGGAGGCUGCCACCGGCUCUCCGCUCAGGGCUCGAUGUGGGGGGGCGAUUCAUUGACUCAUUGUACGGACAUGAUGACAUCCACGGCCUGGAUUACUGGGCUAAGAAGUGCGCGGAUUAUUUGUCGUCAGACCCACCUGAUGUGAAGCUUGGCAUAGGUGGCUUUGGCAUGGGAGCGGCCGUUGCAUUAUAUUCUGCCCAAUGCUUUGCCAUGGGUAGAUUCGCUAAUGGGUUACCAUACCCGCCAAUCACCCUUGAUUUUGUGAUUGGGUUUAGCGGCUGGCUUCCCUUCUCAGGGAUGGAGAGCUCAGGGACGACUGCUCGCAGGAGAGCCGCUCACUUAAAAAUCCUGCUCUUGCAUGGAGACGAUGAUCCUCAAGUACCAUACGAAACCAGUAUAUGGUACGCUGAGUUUCUGCGAACCUCAGGAUUUUCAGUGGAUUUUAGAACCUUCAACAGACUGCAGCAUUUUUGGACGUACCGUGAGAUGGAUUAUGUCAAGCAGUGGCUCCGCCCUAGGAUCGCACUGCCCAGACGCCAUGGAAGGCUGUAGUUUAGUACUCCCUCUGUAAACAAAUAUAAGAUCGUUUAGAUUACUAAUAUAGUGAUCUAAACAAUCUGAGAGGCUGUAGUUUAGUAAGUACUAAAGAGGAUGGCAGUAUUGUAUGGCAGUAAGUACUAAAGAGGAUGGCAGCAUUGUAUGGCAGUAAGUACUAAAGAGGAUGGCUGUAUUGUAUGGCAGUAAGUACUAAAGAGGAUGGCGGUAUUGUAUGGCAGUAAGUACUAAAGAGGAUGAACAUUUGCAAUUUCCA